AUGACCAGUACUCCUCGGCAUCAACUUGGCGAUUUCGAGGAGAUCAAGUCGGUCAUCGAGCCGUUCUGGCACGUAUGGAAUAUCCUGCUCCAGGAAGUGCCAGUUGAGUGUAUUGAUCGUAUCGUUAACGCGAACAGACCAGAGGAUGGUAUGUCUAUGUAUACAUUGUACGUAGAAAAGCCGCUUAGACUCGCGAACGAUACAUCGGUCUUUCCUCUUACGAUCUCGCCGUCUACGGUCCCGGUCUCCUCGCAAUUGCAAACGGCGAUAUUAAAACUCAACUAUUGCGACUUUGCCGUUUAUGUGUUUCUAAAACACAUUGCUAAAUCACUACAGACGAUCGGUGCCCGCGUGGAUUGGCUAUUCGUAAAGCCAAAUCCUCUCAUGCUAAUCCACUAUAGCGAUACAGAGCCUGACACCCCCAAUCACUCGGUUUUUAUUAUCACUUCGCAACAAGGUGAGCGCUUCAUCGCGGACUUCACGAUUGAACAGUUUGGUUACCCAAGUGAUUGGUGGUUCAAGAAACUGGGAGACUAUAUCGGCAAUUGCGCCAAGAAUAUAAAUGGUUGGUGGAGUGCUGCGGACGACGAUGAUUUACGCAAUGGAGGCAAGAUUGCGAAUCCUGGCACGGUUCAGUGGGACCUGAAAAUGAUCAUUGAGGAUAUAUGCAAGGAUCCUGAGUGGAACAUGGUAGGGGAAGUAACUCAUGAGCAGACGGAGUGGAUACAAACUCAUGUGGAAGCUUACUACGAUCGGGAGUGCGAUAAACUAGCCAGUGAAGACAAAAGCUCGACGAACUAG